AUGUUGUCAUCAGCAAAGCAUCAGAGAAACCAUAGAGUCUCUGCUCCAAACAAGAACAAGACUCUCAACAAAGUUUCUUCCAUUUCAUCCUCAACACCAUCAUCAUCAUCAUCAUCAUCUUCAUCCUCAUCCUCAUCAUCUCCUCUACACUCACAAGACUCUCAAUCCCAGAAGAGAUCUCUAACCACCAUGGAAGAAGUUUGGAAAGACAUCAACCUUGCUUCCAACCACCACCUUAACCGCCACAGCCAACAUCCACAACACAGCCACGAGCCAAGGUUCAGGAGUCACAACCACCAGAACCAAAACCCUAACUCCAUCUUCCAAGAUUUUCUCAACAGGCCUUUGAACCAGGAACCGACAAUACCCACAAGCCCCACCAUGGGUUCCUCAGCUAAUGGCGAUACCACCACUGUCACUGCGUUCUUCAGCAGCUCUCCUUUGCCACCUCCUGCAACUGUUCUGAGCUUAAAUUCCGGCGCUGGCUUUGAUUUUCUCGAUAACCAAGAUCCUCUUGUUACCCCUAACUCCAAUCACCUCCCAAACAUUUCUUCAUUCAACACCCCUUUCGAGUCUCUGGUUACAUCCACUUGUUUUGGUAAGAAAAGAGGCCAAGAGUCCAAUGAAGGUUCAGGGAAUAGAAGACAUAAGCGUAUGAUCAAGAACAGAGAAUCCGCGGCUCGUUCCAGAGCUAGGAAACAGGAAUGUGCCUUUCCUCUUCUCUCCUAG